AUGGCUGCACAGUUUUCAGAAUUGGGGAUUUGUUUGGAGUUUUUGGGCAGAAAGCGAAUUUAUGUUUGCAGUAUAAACUUAAAUGCUGAAAACCAAAGCCAUUGUAGCACACUAUUUGUGCUAAAACUGGGUUUUGGAUUAUUCGAUCUUUGGAAGGUGAAGAAAAUUCCGAAAUCCUUUCAAUCCGUGGAACAAUAUCUUGAUUCAUUUGUUUAUCCUUUACUGGAAGACACACGAGCAGAACUUGCUUCCAGUAUGGAGCUUAUACACAAAGCACCUUUUGGAGAAGUGAUCUCCCUUGAUGAGGCAAAACCAUAUGGAACAUUUCUAUACAAUGUUAUAAUUGAUGAGUGGAAAAACAGAUUUAGUGAUCACGGUGGGGAGCCUUACAGAAUGUUGCCAGGUGAUAUCCUUAUCUUUUUAGAUGCACAUCCUGAAACUGUAUCUGAUUUACAACGAGUGGGUUGGACAUGGAAUUUUGCAUCAGUCACUAAUCUUUCAGAAAACGAGAAUGCAAAGGAUGAAGAGAAUGAAGAGAGUAGUACAUGUACCAGUUUUAAAGUCAAAGCACCAAAAGAAAUUGAUGUUAAAGAUGGGACACAAAAGUCUCUGUUCGUUGUUUUUUUGGCAAAUAAAACAACUAACAAAAGAAUAUGGAAUUCAUUGCAUAUGUUCAGAAAUAUGAAGGUUAUCGAGGAAGUUCUGGGCGCUUGUUCUGUGGUAAGUGAUGUGGCAUCUCAAUUAUAGGUUGGAUACAAUGGCAUUAUAUUUGCAGAUAUGAAGAGCCCAACAUGAUGC